GAUGCCCCCCCUGCCGACCAGGAGAAGCUCUUUGUCCAGAAGCUGCGCCAGUGCUGCGUGCUCUUCGACUUCGUCUCCGACCCCCUGAGCGACCUGAAGUGGAAGGAGGUGAAGCGCGCGGCGCUGAGCGAGAUGGUGGAGUACAUCACCCACAGCCGGAACGUGGUCACCGAGCCCGUCUACCCCGAGGUGGUCCACAUGUUUGCAGUCAACAUGUUUCGAACGUUACCACCGUCCUCCAACCCCACGGGAGCAGAAUUUGACCCAGAGGAAGACGAGCCAACGUUAGAAGCAGCCUGGCCUCACCUACAGCUUGUUUAUGAAUUUUUCUUAAGAUUUUUAGAGUCUCCAGAUUUCCAACCUAAUAUAGCGAAGAAAUAUAUUGACCAGAAGUUUGUAUUGCAGCUUUUAGAGCUCUUUGACAGCGAAGAUCCUCGAGAGAGAGAUUUUCUUAAAACUACCCUUCACAGAAUCUACGGAAAAUUCUUAGGCUUAAGAGCUUACAUCAGAAAACAGAUAAAUAAUAUAUUUUAUAGGUUUAUUUAUGAAACAGAGCAUCACAACGGGAUAGCAGAGUUACUGGAAAUACUGGGAAGCAUAAUCAACGGGUUUGCCUUACCCCUCAAAGAAGAGCACAAGAUUUUCUUACUGAAGGUGUUGCUGCCGUUGCACAAAGUGAAGUCUCUGAGCGUCUACCACCCCCAGCUGGCGUACUGUGUCGUGCAGUUUCUGGAGAAGGACAGCACCCUCACGGAACCAGUGGUGAUGGCCCUCCUCAAGUACUGGCCCAAGACCCACAGCCCAAAAGAAGUGAUGUUCCUGAACGAGUUAGAAGAGAUUUUGGACGUGAUCGAACCCUCGGAAUUUGUCAAGAUCAUGGAGCCGCUCUUCCGGCAGUUGGCCAAGUGCGUCUCCAGCCCGCACUUCCAGGUGGCGGAGCGAGCGCUGUACUACUGGAACAACGAGUACAUCAUGAGCCUCAUCAGCGACAACGCCGCCAAGAUCCUGCCCAUCAUGUUCCCGUCCCUGUACCGCAACUCGAAGACCCACUGGAACAAGACAAUCCACGGCUUGAUAUACAACGCCCUGAAACUCUUCAUGGAGAUGAACCAAAAACUGUUCGACGACUGCACCCAGCAGUUUAAAGCGGAGAAACUGAAAGAGAAGCUAAAAAUGAAAGAACGAGAAGAAGCGUGGGUUAAAAUAGAAAACCUAGCCAAAGCAAACCCCCAGUACACGGUGUAUAGUCACGCGAGCACCGUGAGCAUCCCGGUGGCAAUGGAGACAGAUGGGCCCUUGUUUGAAGAUAUGCAGACGCUGAGAAAGACAGUGAACGAAGAGGCUCGCCAGGCACAGAAGGACCUGAAGAAGGACCGGGCCCUGGUGCGCCGCAAGUCCGAGCUGCCUCAGGACCUCCACACCAAGAACGCCUUGGAGGCUCACUGCAGAGCCGACGAGCUGCUGUCCCAGGACGGCCGCUAGCCGCCCGCCCCGGCUGCUGGCGCGUCCCAGGUCCUGUAGGAAACACACACUUUCGUGCCAUACAGAUCAGUCACACUCAGAGUCAGAGCUUUCUCACCCGUCCUCUAGGCAGUAGCGCGCCCCGCCCCCGCCCGCCCGCCCGCCCGAGAGCAGGAGUUCAAACGACGGUCGGUGACGCAGGCGCAGGCAGCGCCGCCGCCGCCCUCGCGGCGGUGUCCCCGGAGCUAAGGCGAGCACCCUGGUCAUCACCCUCACCUUCUCCCCAAACGGAACUCGCGAUCGUUGAAAAUAGGUGGUUCUUUGAGAAUAUCAAUGUUUUUCAAAUCAAAGGAACACUUUUAAAAAGUAUUUCGUAUUUUUAAGAUUCUGCAACCUUUGAAAUUGUUUCCAUGUGAUUGUUUACACCAGCAAUUUCUUCUUUCUUUUUUUCCCCGAUGUCAUGGAACUGCUUCUUUGCUGUCAUUGCUCCGAUGUGGACGAUGACACGUAACUGUCCCCGGAGCAGGUUUUUCCUGAGGUCUCCUUUACUUUGAGUAGCAACAGGGGCACCGUGCCCGACUCCUUUCGUGUCUUUCUAAAGCCAUAGCUGCCCGUCUGCCCACACCAGGACUCCAGGAGGGGCUCGCGGGAGGGGUUUGUUCGACACAGAGCUUUCUGUCUCCCUUGGCUAGAAUUGGAGUUUUUGAAGCAAUGUGUUCAUCCUGGGGUUUGCCUGUGUUUUUUCACUUCUUACACAGCGUGUCCUUUAACCAGGCUCUUGAGUUAGUAACAUUAGAGUCUCAAGAGCCCCCGCGCUUUGUGGAAAGCCGGGAUGAGCGCAUUUCGAGAAGCCAGUUCUCGGCCGAGUGCAAACCGCAGCCGCCUCCGCCUCCGGGCAAAGGU